CCUCUCACUGGAUCACUUUGAGCUUUGGCUUUUACUUCCAAUUGAGACGAUUUGGAAACAAAGAGUUGAGAAAAGUAAGUUGGACUGUAAGAGGCGUGUUGGAGAUCAGGAGGGAAGAGAAGGACAGUUUAGGACUUUGGAUCUCAGUCAUCUUGGGGUUUUUUCCCUGUCCUCUCUGUUUUAACAGACCAUAAACCACCUGGAUUGACCUUUAACCACUCUUGGGUUUCUUCGUUUUAUUUCCCCCCUCCAGCCUGGAAUCUUGGAGAGAGUUCUCUCUCUUCUGGGGGGGUCAGAGGACAAGACUGACCAGACGUACAGCGGGACAAACUUUGUCCAAGAUGUUGUGGUCGAGGAGAGUCGUACAGCAGUGGUGCUUCGCUGUGUUCUUACUGUGUUCCCCUGUUCCUCACUACGGACGGCCAAUCGAUGGGCUCGCCAACAGGAUGAAGCGCUCGGUGACCCACGCCCAGCUGAUGCACGAUAAGGGCCGGACGCUGCAGGAUUUCAAGCGUCGCAUGUGGCUCCAAGAGCUGCUGGAGGAGGUCCAUACGGCUGAGAUCAGGGAGCUGCCCGCCCGCCCGGUGGUCAGCAGCGGACUGGGGCUGGGACUACCGGGUGCCGGGGUAGGGGUCAGCCUGGGAUUGGGCACCACUGGGGGUACCCUGCACCCCCACCCCAAACCUCCAGGGGGCACCAAAAACCUUCCCAUUAACUUCCAUAUGGAGGAGGAGGGAACCAACCUGCCGCAGGAGACCAACAAGUCCCAAACAUACAAAGACAAAGACGGGGCGCGGAGGGCCAAGGAAGGGAAGAAAAAGAAAGGGAGGAAUGGGAAGAGGAGGGAGGGGGAGAGGAGGGAGGUGGAGAGGAGAGAUGGGGGGGAGAAGAGGAAGAGGCGGGCGCGCUCACUGGGCUGGGCGCAGGAAGGGGAGGAGCCUGGGAAUGGGUACCACCUGGAGUGGCGAGGGCCCUUCUUCGGCCUGAGGGGGGCGCUGCACUAGAACACUGUCACACUCUGACUAAGAAACCCUAAGGACAUUCAGAUGAACACCCAGACACUCCUGAUGCAGGGUUCUGUGAUAGUGAUUUUUUGGAAAGUAAAAUAAGGAAAUAUUUAUUUUCUGUAAAUAUUGUAAACGCACCAGACUAGUGAUAAUGACGAAGACAAUAAAAAUUACAGAUGCUCGCUCGGUGGAGCAACAUAAUUUAAUAAUUGUGAAAUCCUGCCUGUUCUGGUUUGUUUUGUUAGGACUAUGCCAAUUAUUAUUCAUGUCAGAUUUUGCUGUAAUUUAUUUUUGUUUGAAUCGUGUAUUUAUUUUGUAAAUGUAUCGAGGUGCUGCUGACCUUCUAUAUUUUUGUACCAUAAUGCACUUUUAGAUAUAUAAGUAAUUUUGUUAAUUGACUUUUUGUGGUUGAUUGAAAUGAAGAAAACAUUGUUGGUCAUUCCUCCAUGUUAUCUAGGCUCCUUCUCUGCACGGUUCUAUAGUGAUCACAUGACUCGUCUGUCCGCUCUGACUGGCCCACAGACGUCUAAUCUAGUUGACUGUUGACCAGGGGCGUGUUCAAUAGGCACAUUAUGGAAAAUGUUUCAAAAUGUUUUAUAAAAUAGGAAAUCCAAAAAAUUAGCAUUUCUAAUUGGGCUAAAGUCCAGCUAGUCCCUCCCCGUUCCAGAUGGUUCUCUUCAGUUCGAUACCUAACGAACACGACCCAGGACGACCCACGCAGCUGUCCUCAACCCCUGACCCCUAACCUCUGUACAUUGUGCUUCAACUCCCCCCUCCGUCAGUUGGUCCACUGGGACCUUGUCUUUCUCCUGUUAUGCUUCUGAAUGCUGUCCUAAGUUCAAAGUUCACUCGGCCUGUACAUAACCUGAACACAAUGCAACAACUUCAUAUCGUUGUUUGGCACUUGCACUGAGAGACUACCCUAUAUUGAAUGGAUUAAACAUUUGACAGUAUCUCCCUGAGUGUGAUGUGUCCUUGCUAUGUGUCUGACUGAUAUCCUGUCUGGUUGUAUGAACUGACUGUCGUCCUGUCUGGUUGUAUGAACUGUGUGUUUUGUCUUGUCCUGCUGAUGUCCCUCACCUCACCAUCUCACACUGGCUGUGGAGUUCCAUAAUAAUCGAUCAAUAACUAUCUUAUUAUUAGUGAAGCUAUAAUUCCCUGAAAUCAAUCACAACAACAUCAC